CCGAUGGGUUUCCGGAGCUUCGAACAGCCUCGAUCUCUGCGUGGUCUCCUUCCUCUUCCUUCCCACAUACCCCCCCAGGAGGACGGAGAGGGACCCCUCCCCACUUCCCCGAUUGUAGCCGAGGUAGGAGUCGCAGCCUGUCUCGCCCCCCUCGGUGCCUGGGUGGGAGGGGGCUGCAUGGAAAGAGGAAGGGGAGGAAAAGCGAAAGAGGGAAACUGAGGCAUUUCCAGCCCUGAAUCCCCAGAAGGAAAAAGAGGCAUUUGAGCAAAAGAUCUCAGCUGAGGGGUGGGAUCCUCAAAGGCUUUUUUUUAGAAUAAUUUUUUUUUUACUUUUAAAGGCAUGUUUUGGCUGAAGAAAAACCUGCUUUUAAAAGUAAAAAAAAACCCUCUGCGGAUGGUGAGGCUCAGCAGAGGCGGGGGCGGGGCCAGGGAUUUUUGCUACUGGUCCUCCAACCAGCAGCCGCCAUCGCUACCGGAUCGCGCAAGCAGGUCCGAACCGGGAGCAUUUCACCCCUGGUUGAAGGGCUGGGAGACCCCACAAGCGUCAGUCUAGAUGUCCUCGUUAUGCCUCCUCCUUAUAUUCUCCGCCCCCCAAAGGAAGAGAGAGUGGGAAGUGUGGAUAUUACCUAGAAAGUUCCCUCAGCCCCUCCUCCAUAGUCCGUCCGCUUUCAAUCCAGCUUUCCCUGCAGAGAGAUCUACUCGACCAGCCCAUUUCUUGUACCAAGAGAAGUACGAGUGCGGCUUCCUGAACGGGACGCAGCGGAUGCUAUUCCUGUACAGGAAAUUGUAUGACCGGCAGGAGUUUGCCCGCUUUGACAGUGACCGCGGGGAGUUUGAGGCCGUCACGGAGUUGGGGAAGGCGACGGCAGACUAUUUGAACAGCGACAAGCAGGUCCUGCAGUACUAUAAGGCCGCCGUGGACCGCUUCUGCCGGUACAGCUAUGAGGUUCUCCAGGGCGGUCCUAUGAUUGGCCGGAGAGCCAAGCCCUCCGUCACCAUCUCCCUCACCAAGAUGGACCCCACUUCCCCCAACACCAUCCUCCUCUGCACCGCGACGGGAUUUUACCCCGUGGAGAUUGAGGUCCAGUGGCUGAAGAACGGGCAGCCGGAGAAGGAGGGUGUGGCCUUUGGGGAGGAGCUCCAGAACGGAGACUGGACCUACCAGCUUCAGGUGAUGCUUGAGACCCAGCCCCAGCGGGGGGAUGUCUACACUUGCAAGGUGGAGCACACCAGCCUGGAGGCCCCCAUCACCGUCCAGUGGGAGCAUCGUUCCUCCAGCUCUGCCAGGAGCAAACUCUGGACGGGGAUCAUGGGGGCUGUGAUAGGAGUGGCCUUCCUGGCUGUGGGGCUCUUCUCCUACCUGAAGAGCAAGAAAGCAACUCCCAUUCAACCACCUGCAGCACUCAUGAAUUAAUCCUGCUCUCUGAUGCAAAAGGAUAUUUUUUUUCUUUAGUCUCUGAUGACUCUUUGUCCUGUUUGCAACUUGUUAAAAAUGGAGGCUGAAGGUGGCAGGUUGGGGGGAGGAAGAGAAUGGCAGCCUGGACCUUCUCCUGCUGAGACCCCCUCCCCUCCAAACUUCCUAUGGGGCAUCCAUUUCUUGGGAAGGGAGGGUUGGAGACCAUCUAGACUAUCCCCAGGGAUGCUGAGCUGACCUGUCACUCUAGUCCCCUCAUCUCUCCUGGCUUUGAACCCACAGCAGCUUCAUCUCCAUCACUCUUCCUCCAAAUCACUUCCCUUCGCUUUGCUAUAAAAGAAUAAACUUCUGAUGUAAGAAAACCCUGGAAUCUUUCCUUCCUGCCCCCACAGGAGGCUCCUCCCGCCGCUGCCUCUGGAUCCACCAUCACGGCUACUUUGGGUCCUAAGCCAGAACUGCUUCGAAAGGAGGAUGGGCAGAUCCAUGGAGGGGAAGGGGCUCAACCCCCCUCCUGCUUGAAGGCCCCAUU